AUGGCAGAAAAAGGAGAGAUAUUCCUAACCAACAUUUUGGAAGUGAACGAAAUAAGAUCUAACAAAGAACAAUCUUCAUUGAUAUGGUUUGAUGAAACAACUAAUACAACGAGAGAUAAAAUGAUACGUUUAACGCACACGAUGCAAGAAUUUAUCGAUUAUAUUUUAUUUUUUAAUCAGGAACACGAAUUGUUACAAUAUUUAAAAUCUAUCAAUGAACAUGAACAAAUAUUUCUAGUCUUCUCAACAGAUCAUGCUAAACUUAUCAUACCGAAAAUACACGAUAUCAAACAAAUCGACUCCAUUUUCAUUCUUCCUGAUUACAAUAGAAGACAUAAAUUUUUAACAUUACUUAAUCGUUUUGGUAAAAAGAUCGUCAUUUGUGCUGAUCUUACAUAUCUUUUAAAAAGUAUUCAAAAAAGACGACUUGAACUACGAAAAGAAUCGGAAUUUUUUGUUUUUCACGAUUUAGAAAUUGAAAAAACACUAAUAUAUGGUACAGGACUUUGGUAUCAGUUAAUCAAACAUGUAUUAUUACAUAUGUCAGAUGGACCAGCGGCUCGACAGCGUCUUCUUUCCGUUUGCAAUGAAUACUAUUAUGCUAACAAAAUCAUUCUAAAAUCAGUGGACGAGUUUAGUUCAACAUAUUCACCGAUGAAUGCUCUAGAGUGGUACGUUAAAGACACAUUUUUAUCUCGACUACUAGAUAAUGCAUUUCAAGUUAAUGAUCUCAAUGAAUUAUUUAAAUUUCGAUUUUAUAUCAAAGAUCUUUGCUUAAUUAUUCAUCAAAGAUAUAGUAAUUACAAAUUGAAAGAGAAACAGAAAAAAAUAACUUUCUAUCGUGCAUUGAAAUUAAAAACAAAUCAGCUACAUAAAAUGAGACGUAGUGUAGGUAAUUUUAUACAAACACGAAAUUUUUUAUUUGUCAAUAGUUCUAUGCGUAAAGCUUUAUCAACUUUAUCAAAAUCUGUAAAACGAGAGGAUACAGUUACGGUUAUUCUCGAAAUUGAUGUUGAUACAACAAAUGAUACAUUCAAAUUUGCAAAUGUAUCAGAUAUGAGUAAUCAUUUUGAAUUUUUAUUCGAUCUUAGCAUAGUAUUUCGAAUUGUCCAAGUUGACUAUUCUAGAGAACACAAUGCAAUGUGGAUCAUUCAUAUUACUUCAGAUGAUACUUUUACUCGUAUGUAUAAUGGAAUGGUAGAUCGUGUAAAGAAGGACUACAAAGAUGAUGAUAUUCACAUUAGCCAAAUCAGAUACAAAGAGGAAAUGUGUAAAAAUUUUAAAUUAAACAUUUGUUCCACACUUCUAUGGAUUGGAAAGAAAGGAGACAGUGCAUUCAACAUUACAAGAAAUCGUUCGUUUUUGGCUGAUAAACUUCAAUGCUUUGACACUAUCUCUACUGGGAUAAACUAUAUAGAACAAGCUAUCCAAGAAACUAUAUUUCUUGUCAUUUCUGAAGAACUAAAUCGAACAGUCAGUGCCAAUAUACACGAUCUACAACAGAUAUCCAAUAUUUAUAUCUAUAAUACGAAUCCACUCAUUGCAGAGGAAUGGUCAAACAAAAGCUCAAAGAUUAAAGGAGUAUUCACUGCUCCCGAUGCACUUGAAAAAUGUGUAGAAAUUGAUCUUAAGGUAUUGUAUCAGUUGGACAGACCGGAUACCGAAAAACCUCAAAUUGAAUCAGAUGAUUUGACGAUCUUGUAUUUAUUCACUAAAAAAGGUGUAUUAGAUGAAAGUGAUGCAGUGGAAGAAGGAUUAUUGUUUACUUGCAGUGAUCAUCUUAAUGAAGCAAAAAAAUACUUUAAUCAAUUGAUCCAAGAUUUACCUAUAGAUGAUAUAAAAGUACCUUCUUGCUAUAUUCAACUUGGACUUAUUGCUUGUACGAAACAAGAUUUGAACAGAACACUUGAAUACUAUCAGACAGCGCUUAAAGUAUUGCUAAAAUAUCAUUCAGAAUAUAACUUACUUUUUAAUGCAAUGUGCUAUAACAAUUUGGGUGCAAUUUAUUGUUUGAAACAGCAGUUUGACUUUGCACUAGACAAUUAUAUGAAAGCAUUUGAUUUGGCAUCGGGUGACGCUUUUUUCAUGGCACUCAUAUGCAAUAACAUAAGUUCUAUACAAUAUGCUAAAAAAAAUUAUGAUGAAGCAUUAACAUAUGAACGAUAUGCAAUUGAAGUUUUAACUUUAACUUCCGAUGAGUCAAACUCGGUAACACUUGAAAGAGCAAGAGCAAAAUAUCGACAUAUAAAGCAAAAAUGUGACAAAGAAUAUCUCAGCUUUGCAUCUUUGUUAUUUGAUCUUGGAAACAAACAAAAAGAUCGUACGACAAAUGAAGAAGACAAUUUUGUUGUACGAAAUUUAUUUGUAUGGUUGGGUAAUGAUAAUAUGGAUGCAGAAAACAACGCUGGACUUCUCAAUAUGCUAUCAGCUCAUUUCGACCAUCUUCAAACCUUUGUCGAAGUAGAGAAAUGUGAAGAAGCAAUAAAAGAUGCAAAAAAUGAAUUUAGUGAAGUUUCUAUUUGCCUUCUUACAACCGAAAUGUUUUCUCAUCAAAUUAUUUCCAAAGUUCACGAUAUAGAGCACUUGGAAUCCAUAUAUCUAUAUGUGGAACAUUCUCAAUGGGACAGAGAAUGGACAAAAAAUUUUGGCAAGGUUAAAAUUUUUACUGAUCUAAACGUCAUAGAAGAACAUGUAAAACGUGACCGUGAUCCUAUGCAAAAAGUACUCGCUUCAGUCCUUGAGAAUAUUGAAAAUGAAAGUCACAGUAUAUUAGAGGCCUUAAAACUUCUUUGCAGAAGAAAAUACAACGAAGUGGAAAGUUAUCUACAAAAUUUGAUCAACAGUUUACCAGAAAAUGAUCCUAGUUUAUCAACUGCUUAUAUAAUUUUGGCAUUGGUUUCGUUGGCUAAUGAAGGAGAUUCGACUAUCGCCAUUCAUCAUUACGAAAAAGCUCUCAAACUUUUGUUAAACUGUCAUCCUACAAAUUAUUCAAAAAUUGUAUCGUGUCAACUAGCAAUAGCUCAUAUUCAAUUUGCAUUUCAAAACUACGAUUUAGCAUUAAAAAACUAUCUUGAAGCAACAUUUAUUACAGAUGAACACUUGCUGACAAAAGAUUUGAAUAUUGCUACUUGCUACGAAAAUAUGGGUACGAUGUAUUAUCUACAAAACUGUCAUCAUGACGCAAAAGAAAGUUGGAAUAAAUGUCUCGAAAUAUAUUCUAGUAUUCUUCCAUCCAAUCACAGAUAUAUAACUCAAUUGCAAAAUAAAAUUCGAGAACCAGAAACAGAGCAAUUCGAUAAAAUGAUGACAUAG